GCCCCCUCGGCCGGCUGUGUGCGCUGAUUGGCCCCUGCCGGCCUCGCGCUCCCUCGCUCCGGGUUGGCGGGAGACCUUAGAGCGGGUACCGCUGCUGGCUAGCGACAGACGAGCAACCGUCUGAGGCCAGGAGCGCUGCGGCGGAGCCUUGACCGCCGUUGCCCGGCCUUCUCCCGCGCAGCCCCGGGCUUCCGCAGGAAUAUUGGGAAACCAAAAUGAGGCACAAUCAGAUGUGUUGUGAGACACCACCUACUGUCACUGUUUAUGUAAAAUCAGGGUCAAAUAGAUCACAUCAGCCUAAAAAGCCCAUUACUCUGAAGCGUCCUAUUUUUAAAGAUAAUUGGCAAGCAUUUGAAAAAAAUACACAUAAUAACAACAAAUCUAAACGCCCCAAAGGACCUUGUCUGGUUAUACAGCGUCAGGAUAUGACUGCUUUCUUUAAAUUAUUUGAUGACGAUUUAAUUCAAGAUUUCUUGUGGAUGGACUGCUGCUGUAAAAUUGCAGACAAGUAUCUUUUGGCUAUGACCUUUGUUUAUUUCAAGAGGGCUAAAUUUACUAUAAGUGAGCAUACCAGGAUAAAUUUCUUUAUUGCUCUGUAUCUGGCUAAUACAGUUGAAGAAGAUGAAGAAGAAACCAAGUAUGAAAUUUUUCCAUGGGCUUUAGGGAAAAACUGGAGAAAAUUGUUCCCUAAUUUCUUAAAGUUAAGGGACCAGCUCUGGGAUAGAAUUGACUAUAGGGCUAUUGUAAGCAGGCGAUGUUGUGAGGAGGUUAUGGCCAUUGCACCAACCCAUUAUAUCUGGCAAAGAGAACGUUCUGUUCAUCACAGUGGAGCUGUCAGAAACUACAACAGAGAUGAAGUUCAGCUGCCCCGGGGACCUAGUGCCACACCAGUAGAUUGUUCACUCUGUGGUAAAAAAAGAAGAUAUGUUAGACUGGGAUUGUCUUCAUCAUCAUCUUUAUCCAGUCAUACAGCAGGGGUGACAGAAAAACAUUCUCAGGACUCAUACAACUCACUGUCAAUGGACAUAAUAGGUGAUCCUUCUCAAGCUUAUACCGGUUCUGAAGCCAACUUUAGGGUGAAUACUAUACCUCCACUCAGCAGAUAAGGAAACUGAAGCUUAGAGAAGUUAAAUAAUUUGCCCAAGGAGCUGGAGUGACAUGUGAACCCAGGUCUCUGACUCCAAACUAGAGCCUGAAUUCCUAAAUAUUAUGGUCUACUGCCCUUUUGAUGCAAUCCUGCUGUUGGCAGUGAAAAUAAGCUGCCACGGAAGCCUUCUAGCAGACUACUAAGGAGGUGGCGAAAGCAUUAAGAUCUAAGUCCCUGAUGAAAGGCUACAUGAAGUGAGCUGGGAGAGAAUUCCAAGAAUUUGAACAGAUAUUUACAGAAAGCAAAACAGAAGCAGUUAUACAUAUUUUAUUCAGACCAACCACUGUAGAUAUCAACAGUAAUAACACUCCACAGUAUAGGCCUUGACAUCUCAACAGGAAAUUUGAGUGCACCUGGGGAAGAAGGGGCUGUGCCAGUCAGUAUACUUUGGAGAAAAAAUAAAGGUCUUUGAGGGAUUGUGGAUGAAAAGUGGCGUAUUAACUUAGGGGAGUUGUAGAAGGAACUGUGUGCUUUCAUCCUUUCACUGGGCGAAAGCCAUGAUUUAGGAUUUAUAGGUCCUAUACAGGAAGGAACAAGUAUUUACCCAUAGCCAUUUUAUUCUGAGUAUUAACCCAUGGUUAACUGUAAAACUCUUUGUUUCAGGAUGUCAGAGUGUAAGCAAUAUAAAGGAAAAGUAUUGAUUGUACACAUAUUUUACCAGUAAAAAUAUACAUUCAUUUUCCUCCAAUAGUUUUAAUGGAAAGUGAGCUCACUGGGAGUAGAGGGGAGAGUGCAGGAUAAUAGGGACACACGAUGCUACAGGAGUGGGAUGAGUCUCUCACUGCCUAAACAGCUGCUGAUUUAGUGACCUCUACUAGCAAAAUUUUCUUCCUCCAUUCCACCUAAGGUUGGAAUCAUCUGAUAGUAUGUGGUUGCAAAAACUGAAUUCAGCAUUCUCCAAGAAAGACACAAAAAGUUUAUGCUCUGCUUUAGACUUCUAUGCGAAACUUAGCAUAGAUGGUGAUCAGUGCUUCCACCUUUCUUUCAAACACAAGCAAACAACUCAAUUUGCAGGUAAAGACAUGUUUUCCUACCUUAAAAUUUAUUUUGUUAAAAACAACACAUUCAAAUAAAAGUUUUAGAUAAACAUGUUUAUGACAUUUAUUAAGAACAAAAUAUUUUUCAAUUUGACAAGGUGGGGUAAAAAUACUGUCAAAAAUUUGAUUUUUGGGGCCGGGCACGGUGGCUUGUGCCUGUAAUCCCAGCACUUUGGGAGGCCAAGAGGGGGCGGAUCACCUGAGGUCAGGAGUUCCAGACCAGCCUGGCCAACAUGGUAAAACCCUGUCUCUAUUAAAAAUACAAAAAUUAGCUGGGUGUGGUGGUACAUGCCUGUAAUCCCAGCUACUCAGGAGGCUGAGGCAGGAGAAUCGCUUGAACCUGGGAGGUGGAGGUUGCAGUGAGCUGAGAUGGUGCCACUGCACUCCAGCCUGUGCAAAAAGAGCAAAACUUCGUCUC